AAAAAAAAAAAAUAGGUGAAUUAUCUCAUGAAUGGGACUAGGAAGGAAAUGGAUAACAAGUGCCUCACAUCUUCUUCCUGUCCCUUACUUCCAGUCAGAUUGCUAUCAGCAGUGUCAGUUCUGGUUUUCUGGAGCCCUGACACUCAGGAACAUAUGGGCUGGCUGAGGUGUCUCCUAGCUGUGCUGAACUGAGCAUGUCUAUUCAUUUGCUCAGGCUGUUUUAACAAAAUGCCACAGGUCAGGGGUCCAACCCAUAGGCGCUUCUUUACUCACUGUUCUUCAGUUGAGAAGCCCAAGACAACUCAGCUUCUGUGAAGACUCUCUUCUUGCCUGGCAUAUACUCAGCUUCCUGAUGCAUGCUGACAGUUGGUGGCUGGUGGGCUGGGAGGAUUGCCUGCCUGCGGAAGAAGGAAGUCAGGCUGGAGAUACUGACAGGCAGACUAGCCCAGAGCACAAGGGAAGAACAAAACACCUGCAAAUGACAUGCUACUUCUGCCACUUGCAUUUCUAUCUGCUCUCCGGGGAGGUGACAGUGUAGAAGUCCAGGAACAUGUCCUGUUUCAUGUCAUCCAGAUCUCAUCCUUUGCCAACCGGUCCUGGGUGCAGAAUCUGGGUUCAGGGUGGCUGGGUGAGCUGCAGACCCACGGCUGGGAUAGUGCCCAGGGCACCAUCAUCUUCCUGCACUCCUGGUCCAGGGGCAACUUCAGCAACCAGCAGCUGACAAACCUGGAGCUGCUGUUCCGGUUCUACUUCUCAGGCAUAACACAGGAAAUCCAAGAGUAUUCCAGCCAGCUACAGUUUGAAUAUCCUUUUAUAUUGCAGGCAGACGUUGGCUGUGAGUUAUAUUCUGGAGCCACCUUAAAAAGCUUCUUCCAGGUAGCUUAUCAAGGGUCAGAUUUCCUGAGUUUGCAAAACAUGUCAUGGGUACCAGCUCCAGAAGGUGAGAACAAGGCUCGACGGAUAUGCGACACUAUCAACCAGUAUGAUGGUAUCAAGGAGACAGUGCACAAGCUCAUCCGAAGCAUCUGUCCCCAAUUUACCUGGGGUCUCCUUGAUGCAGGAAAGAAGUAUUUCCAAAGGCAAGAGAGACCAGAGGCCUGGCUUUCCAGUCGCUCCAUCUAUGGGUCUAGCCUGCUGCUUCUGGUGUGUCAUGUCUCUGGCUUCUACCCAAAGUCUAUCUGGGUGAUGUGGAUGCGGGGUGAGCAGGAACAGCUCAACACACAGCAAGGUGACAUCCUGCCUAAUGCAGAUGGGACCUGGUAUCUCCAUGUGACACUGGAUGUGGAGGCUCGGGAUGCAGUGGGCCUUGCUUGCUGGGUGAGGCACAGCAGCUUGGGAGGCCAAGACCUCAUCCUUCCCUGGGGGCAUCAUCCUUCCAUGAAACUGAUCUUGUUGGCAGUGUUAUUGGCCCUAAUGCUUCCAAUAGCCCUUGCUUUAUGGUUUAAGAAACACUGGAGGAGACAAUGGCUCAGCCUGGAGAAUCCAGCACUUUCACUAUGAGUAUAAAAUAAUAAGCCUACCAGAGAGGUACUUCUGAAAAACACCAGCUUCGUGAAGCCUCCUGAGAUCUGAAACCAGCACCUUCCCAGGCACACAGAACUUAUAAAGAGAUAGGAGAGCAAAUGAUGGAGAUGAGGCUCAUCUACUGGGAGUUGCCAUGAAGACUCCUUCACUCUGCCCAUAUCCUCUCAACUGGUCACAGUAUUUAUUUUUUAAAAAAGAUAAAUUUACGGAAAAUUAGUGUACAUUAAGAAUAAGACACCUAUUCCAAGUGUAAGACAUCUACUCACUGUUGCAUUCACAUCAACAAAUAUGCACACCCCAAAAGUCAAGACGGGAGACCUUUCCACCAGCCCUCAAGAAAAGUCAAGGAAAGGGGUAGGAGUAACCCUUGCUGAAACUGCUCCAAGCUCUGAAUUAAGCACUUGUCAAUCUGUUUAAUGUCUCUGGUUAUGUGUUUGAAGUUGGCAGCUGUUUGUUGUCCACUCCUGUGGCAAAUAUUUUUCUAAAACGUCACCAUUUCCUUCAAUUAUCUAUCUUCUGCCACAUUCAAACACCUUAAAAUAUAAUGCCUUUUAUUUAAAAAUUGUGUGUACAUUCUCCUUUUUAAAUGAGAGCAUUUGAUGUAUGGAAAUGCACAGAAAUGUGCCUAUAAUGAUCUUAAAUCUGAGGAGAUUUUAAAAACUUUCUUAUAAUAUUUUGUAUUGUUUGAAUUCUUCAUAAAUGCUCAUAUAUUUUUAUGAAACCAAUAAAAUCAUUAUCCUAGAAAUACUAUUUCAUAUAAAAAUGUAAAUAUGUUUAACACUACAGAUUUUUAAAUGGCUGAGAUGUAAAUUUUAUUAUUGGUUUACCACAAUUAAAAAUAAGAAUUUUUAAAAGUUAAAAGA